AUGCUCAAGAACACUAUCCUCCCCUUCUCGAAAAACACCCCCGCCCUCCUCCGGGCAACAGCAAUGGCAACGUCGCACCGCCAACCAACAAACACCGCCCUCGCUUCAUCCGCUGCUCUUCGGUCCCUCUUGCCCGCGAUUGCAGCGACAACAACAUCUACUCCUAUCCGGCAGGUCCACACAACUUCAGGAUCGGUGUCUACCUUCUCUUCCUCCUCCAACCUCGAAGACCAGUUCCUGCAACAGCAACGACGCGAACUCGCCACUCGAGCCAGCCGCCCCGUCCACAUCCACGAACACACUUUCUCUGCUGAAACCAUCGCCAACAACAUUGACGUCGACAGUGAUUACUUGGCACCCUUUUCCACACCAGAGCAGGAACUACUCCCCACGGUCCAAAUCAACCGCGACUCAACCUCCCUCAUCAUCACCCGACCCCUUUCCUCCCAACCCCACCACCCUAAUCAAUCUACUCCAACAAGUUUCACACUCGACAACGUCUGGCUCCGCGAUAACUGCCCCUGCCCGAAAUGCGUCAAUACCUCGACCCGCCAAAAGUUACAUUUAACAGAACAAGUACCAAAGGAUAUAAGCGUAUCGUCGAUUCAGGUGUGCCAGCAGGGUUUGAAAGUGACUUGGUCUCGGGGGUUGCAGGUUCUGACGGGAGAUGAAGGAGGGGAGGAAGAGAGGUUGAAGGCUCAACCGGGUCAUCCGAGUUUCUACCCCUGGGAGAUGCUUCUUACUCGGUAG